AUGUACUUCUCGUUCGGUCAAGGUCAAAUCAGCUCCGAGAAAUUCCUGUUGACAUCCGUGCUCACAAUCAUUCUGCUGGAUUCGGAAUGCAGAAAGCGAAAGGUGAAACGCAAAAUUAAACCAAACGCCGAGCUGCAUGUGGCCAAAGAAGUACCGGAAAUCACAAAUUGGAAAGACAUUGAAGUGGGAACACCAAUGGCUCCGCCGAUAACCCCGGCUCAAAAUGUGCACCGAUUCGAAGAAGAUGACCUAGACAGUGUGGAUACCGAAUCACCGCUAGACCUUUCACAUAUAAACGAAGAGGAUCUACCAUCUCCGGAACCAGGCUCAACACGACCUUUGAGUGACAUGCUGAUUGGUCGAUUGGAAGAAAUCAAUAACGCAGAUGAGGCUCAAGGUCGUGAAAGUCCAUUGGAUUACGGCUAUGAGGGUGGUGAUGAUAGUAUAGCAGCACCAGCAGCAACAGAACCCCAAGAUUCUGAACACCAUUCACACUGA